AUGGGAGUCUCCUUCGUCUUGCUCCUGGGGGAGGCGGGGAGGGGUAACAGGACCCCCCUUUCCUUGGGUAAAGCCAGGAAACCCGGCCAGGAGACCCCCCCUCUGCUGGGAGAAGCAGGAUCGCUCCCCAAAGAGGAGCGAGUAAAGGAUCUUUGUGCAGAAACAAUUCCUGAUUCCUCUGAGGGAGAGAGGACUUUGUUGGACACCAGAGAGAGGCUGCUGGAGAGAGGCCGCUGGGUGAAAGAAGGAUGCUGGCAAGACCUCCUCAUCCAUCUCUUCAUCCUGGUGGAGGGGAAGCAGCGGCUGAGGAACCGGAUCAGGAUGACCAAAGAUGGGCAAGGUGGUGAUGAAUUGGAAAUGAAGAACGAAGGAAACCAUAAAAAAGUCCACACAGGGCAGAAGCCAUAUCAGUCCUUGGAAUGUGAGGAUAACGUCACUAACGGUUCCGAUUCCAUGUCUCAUCAAAAUCCCAUUUGGAACAAACCAUAUCAAAUUCAUACAGGCCAGAAACUAUAUCAGUGCUUGCAUUGUGAAAAGAGCUUCAGUAGAAAGUACUAUCUCACUUUACAUCAACGAAGUCAUACAGAGGAGAAACCCUAUAAGUGCUUGGAAUGUGGAAAGAGCUUCAGUGUGAAAGAAGGAUGCCGGCAAGACCUCCUCAUCCAUCUCUUCAUCCUGGUGGAGGGGAAGCAGCGGCUGAGGAACCGGAUCAGACCCAGAAGAGCGAACCCUCCUAGCUCUCACCUGGGAGCCUCGUCCCCUUUCCUCAGCCCUUCAGCUUCUCUCCAUCUCCUUCCUGUGUGGGGUGAGGAAUCAGAAAUUAAGAACAAGGGACAACACGACAAAAUCCACACAGUGGAGAAGCCAUAUCAAGAUUUGGAGUGUGGAGAGAACUUCAGUCAGAGCUCCCAUGCCACUUCCCAUCAAAGAAAUCCUAUUGGGAAAAAACUCUAUCCGUGUUUGGAAUGUGGAAAGAGCUUUAUUCACAAGGGUUUCAGUGAGAGCAGUACUCUCACUUCUCAUCUAAGAAUUCAUACAGGGGAGCAACCAUAUGAAUGUUUGGAGUGUGGAAAGAGCUUCACUUGGAAGAAUAGUCUUACUUCCCAUCAGAGAAUUCAUAAAGGGCAGAAACCAUUUCAGUGUCUGGAAUCCCUUCUCUUCAUUCUUUAUUUUGAAUCCUUGUUGCUCUUUAGAGGCCGCUGGGUGAAAGAAGGAUGCUGGCAAGACCUCCUCAUCCAUCUCUUCAUCCUGGUGGAGGGGAAGCAGCGGCUGAGGAACCGGAUCAGUUGUAAAGCUGUGAAAGAAGGAUGCCGGCAAGACCUCCUCAUCCAUCUCUUCAUCCUGGUGGAGGGGAAGCAGCGGCUGAGGAACCGGAUCAGAAUCCGCCACUUGCCGGGUGAAGACUCGGAGCUUCGCCUCUCGGAGAUCUUCCUUGAUCGGGGUGAGGAAUCAGAAAUUAAGAACAAGGGACAACACGACAAAAUCCACACAGUGGAGAAGCCAUAUGAAGAUUUGGAGGGUGGAGAGAACUUAAGUGAGAGUUCCCAUGCCACUUCCCAUCAAAGAAAUCCUACUGGGAAGAAACCCUAUCCAUGGGAGAAACCCUAUAAGUGCUUGCAAUGUGGAGAGUCUUUUCCUACAAGCAAAUACUUCCGUCGACAUCAGAGUAUUCACAGCGGAGAGAAACCAUACCAGUGCGUGGAAUGUGGGAAGAGCUUCUCUAGGAAGGACAAUCUCACCUCCCAUCAAAGGAUUCAUACAGGGGAGAAACCCUAUCAGUGCUUAGAAUCGGAAAAGCAGAUCUUCCAGGUUCCUGGUCCGGAUGGUCUCCAGGCGCUUCAGUAG